GAGAACUUCUUAAACAAACAAUGAGCGAGAGAAAGAGAAAUCGUGAAUACCAGAAUAAACUUAAUAAAGUAAGAAAAAUAUAUUUGGAAGAUGAAAAGAAGCAAAAAGAAUUGGUAGAAGAAGCAGAGAGACAUUUGCAAGAAAGAUCUGAAGACUUUUUUAAUGAUGUUACCUAUCUACCUGUUGAUUAUUAUGCGAAAAGCCUUCCCGAAAAGGGAAAAAGAAGCAUCGAAGAAACUAUUCAAACCGUCGUGGACUUUUUCGAUGAAGAAAAAGCUAACGAGAAAGCCAGAAAAAAUGUUGAAUCUGCUAUGGACAAGUAUAUUGAAAUGUAUUUUCCUGGUGAGUGUAAAGGUUACAACGAACACCUAGCCCGCCUUAUUGAGAAAGCAGAAAGAAUCGAAGAAAUGAACUUCCCUAUUUUAAGAGAUAUUUUGAAGCAUAUAAGCGAUGAUGAUUCGUGGAAAUUAGUUGCCAAACAUCUAGGAUCGGAUGCAGAGGAAACUGAUAUUAAAGCUCAAGAAACCCCACUGGAUAAAAAAUGCUAUGUUUUUAUUAACCUGGUGCCCCAUAAAAUGCACCUAAAGGAUCUGUGCCCUAAGCUGUUAUUUGCUCUCAGUGAAUAUUGUGAGUGUGAAGUUAAUACCGAGAAAGUGGAGGCAGUUUUGGACAAGGCCAUCGCUGACCAACAAGCUGAAUAUAUUGACUAAAUAUCGACUUUAAUUUUUUAUUGAUAUAAUACCUGUCUUGAGUGAAAAUGCACAUGCAUGUAUAUAUUUUUAUAAUAAGGUUUUGGCAAUCUUUCGUUUGUAGCAGCACACGUUUCAUUAUCGAAUUGUUUAAUAGAGGUUUUUUUCUCUCUAAAUUAUAUACAUACAUACAUGUAUGUAUGUACUGUUGUGUCUGGGAAGAGUCAUUUUUUUAAAAACACAUAUGGAGACACAUACAGACAUGGUACAUAGUCGCAAAACCCCUCACACAGACACUCAGACAAGCACACACAAGGAGACAGAGGUACACACAUGCAUACACACUUUCAUGCAUACCCUACCUGCAUUG